UCCAAAUGGGGCCAAACUAACCCUCAUCUCCAUCUCCCCCAAUUAAUUCUAGUCGCCAUUUUCAGCUCUGACCUGAUAUACACCUUUCUUUAUCGACAAUUAUUAUUGUCGUUACUCUCUUGUUCUCUCGCUCUAUAUGAUAUACUCGUCUCAUUUGCUCCACUCAAGUCACAGGAGCAUCCAACAAUCAGCAACAUGAAAAGUGUCUUGUUAUUCAUGUUUUCAUUGAUUUUGUACAAAAAUUUUGCAUCCGCACAAGCACCAAAGCUCGACGAGACAGAAGUGAAGGUACUGAAAGAAAUAGGUGAAAAAUUGGGGAUAAAUGGGACGAAAGAAUGGGAUUUGGAUAAGAAUCCGUGCAGUGGCGAAGGGAAUUGGGGCCGCGGCGAGUUCCCAAAAGGAUUCGAGGUCUCUGUUAACUGUGAUUGCUCUUUCGAACAAAAUGCCACCUGCCGCGUAGUUCGCAUAGCUUUGAAAUCCCAAAACAUCUCAGCUGCUAUUCCACCAGAGUUUUCCAAGCUUCGAUACCUUAAACAAUUGGAUCUCAGUCGUAACUACCUCAAUGGAACUAUACCUCCUCAAUGGGCUACUAUGCGCUUGGGUGACCUCUCUCUCAUGGGAAACAGAUUAUCCGGCUCAUUUCCAAGAGUUCUCACCAGAAUAACUGUCCUUGUAAAUCUGAGCAUGGAAGGAAACCGCUUUUCAGGAUCCAUACCCGAAGAGAUUGUGAACAUGAAAAAUUUGCAGAAACUUGUUCUGGCUUCAAAUGAAUUCUCUGGCCCACUGCCUGUUGGACUUGGAAAACUUACCAACUUGACUGAUAUGAGGAUAAGUGACAAUAAUUUCACUGGAAAGAUACCAGACUUCAUUGGCAACUGGACACAAAUUCAGAAAUUGCAUCUACAAGGUUGUUCUCUUGAGGGGCCAAUUCCUUCUAGCAUCUCUAUGUUAACAAAACUAAAUGAUCUAAGGAUCAGCGACUUGAAAACUACAGGGUCUAGUUUCCCAAAACUUCAGAAAAUGGAAGAUCUGAGUAAAUUGAUACUUAGAAAUUGUUUGAUCCAUGGGACAAUCCCUGAAUACGUGGGGAAUAUGAGAACACUGAAAACUCUAGACCUCAGUUUUAACAAUUUGACUGGUGAAAUCCCAUCAUCUUUUUCUGAACUAGGAAAAACAGAUUACAUUUAUUUGACAGACAAUAAUCUUACUGGACCUAUACCUGGAUGGGUUUUCUCAAGCUCCAAAACUGUGGAUGUUUCUUAUAACCGUUUUACAUGGGAUUCUUCUGGUCCAAAUGAAUGUCCACGUGGGACAAUAAACAUGGUGGAGGGGUAUUCUUUGUCCACAAACAAACAGUAA